AUGUCUAACGCAGGAAAGAAUGUGUGGGCAACGAUAUCGGCGAAUGCUGCUGGAGUCUGGCCAGAGGCUAACAGGGCGCAGGCUGCGGGGUCAGGAGGCCGCCGACCGCGUUCCAUGGCUCGGAAGGUGCGCCAUAUAGAGGCAUUGGACGCCGAAGGCCCAAGUGACAAGACGCAAACGCACUACCUCCGUUACACGUCAGUAAGAGUUCUGCCACACGAAUACUGUGAAAGGGUGUACCCUCUCGAGUACCACGAAGCAUUGAACUACUGUGCGUAUCAAAAGGGCACGGACACCUGUCAGGGUGAUUCUGGAGGGCCGCUAUUCGCCAAGAGCACGAGCGGUACGUACGUCCAAGUUGGAGUAGUUUCUCACGGAAUCGGCUGCGCCCAAGAAGGUGCGCCUGGAGUCUACGCACGGGUGGACGCAUACGCUCCGUGGCUGACAAAGGCUGUGGCCUCCGACGAAGGCUACAGUGACCUUUCCGUGGCGCCUCUGCAGGAGAGCAUACCGAAGCCAGAGGACAACAUGUCGCCUCUGUUCAUCCCACUUUCUUGGCCGGGCCACACAGAAAUUGCCGCAAUUUACGUUAUCCACGGCCACGCCGACAUACGCCAGGGCGCCAGGGUCAGAGUUGAAAAGGUUCUGCGACAUGCGGAGUACGACGACAAGUUGAUAUUCAACGACAUCGCUAUCCUGCUGAUGGAAAAGCCAUUCCGAUACGGAACGGAGGUCAAGCCCAUAUGCUUCCCUACGAAACCACUGAACGCCUACAACAAGAAUGCAGUCAUCGCUGUCGGCAACACGGCGGACCACCUGCAGUUUACGAUUGUGAAGAUACAACCAAAUGAUGUUUGCGAAAAGAUCUACAGCGACUCCUACAGGAAGGAUAAAACGUACUGCGCGUUCCGCAACGACACCGGCGCCUGCUUCGGUGACUCCGGCAGCCCCCUGUUCAUGCAAGCUGGCAACGUGCCCUACGUGCAAGUGGGCAUAGUGUCUCAUGGAUUUAGUUGUGAAUCAGCGAUCGUCUACGCCAAAGUGGAAGGCUACAUCGACUGGGUGGUCAACGCUACUCGCUCGCUCAAAGGCUACAGGAACCUGUCUGCACAGUAG